UAACUUUUCCAAUGCUAAAGAUAAAUCACUACUGGCUUGAUAUCCCAAUUUGGCUCCAAGUGUGUCGAAGCUCGGAGUGUCAUGCAACUGGCGAGAACAAGUCAAACAAUGUACAAGAUGUAUUGUUGUCGCUUAAGGCUACUAAUCCGGUUGAGCGUGGCGUUCAGACGCAAAUUUGUUAUUCUGCCUCAGUGCUUGAAAUAUUCGGUUUCCUCUUGGUCUUUGACUUUGUUCACUUAUCGCUGUGCCCUCACCUAAACCUUCAGUCAUGGCGACCCUACAGAUAUCCAAGCCGAAGAAACUGAAAAAGAUCACCGACCGCAAAAUCCACAUCCCUACAGCAGGUCCUGUGGCAUCUCUCCCCAGCCCCCCAGACUCUAGUCUCUUCAGCAAAGAGCCUGCGUCUCCGACACCGUCAUUCUCCGCUCCUCCGCCUCUCAUCACCAAUGUGCCGAAAUGUCUCCAACGCUAUCCCUCCAUUGCACAGGUCAUAGCAAGACUAUGGGAGACGUCAGAAACGACUCAAAGUAUCGGCGACUUUGAGGCCUACGCUGUGACUUUUUGCAACUGUCUUUCGACGAAUAUUCUCUACUCGUUGGAAAGGACGCCUCACCUAGACACGAACGACUCCACAUACCUUACCACGUACUACAAUGUGGUCGAUUCUGCAGAGUACUUCCGAUCAUGGGCCUGCAAAAAGAUCCAGGAAGAAGAAGGCGAGCUGAUCAUCGGCAUGCGCCUAGCCACUUCGAUGCUCUGGUUCAAUGCCACGCUCAAGGCUCUCAAGGAACUCCACAAGAUCGUGGAUCGUAUGGUAGCAAAUGCGAAGCCCCUUCCCAGCCUUCCUGUUGAUUCUGUUGAUUUGUCUGGAGAGGCUGUUGUCGCAAAAGUGGUUGGUGGGAGCCUGGAGCCUCAUAAGCUUCGGUCUCCUAAGCUUCGGAUCUCCCCUCUAAGUGUAAUCGUGGAAGAGGUCCUCAAUGACGACGAGCCGAGCUCACCAACCACUCCCAACGAAACCGUGGCCUCUGAUUCCACUUCAUCUCUUGGUCACUUCCCGUCCGCCGACGAACCUAGCAGUAGUACUGAGACGCUCCCGUCGAAUCAAGCGGGGUUCUCUGCACGGCGCAAGAAGCUCGCUCAACAGAUUCGACACGUCCUUAAGCUCGCUACGGAACGCGGUCACCGUAUGGUCCGAUCCCAAGCGUCAACUUCGACACUCACUUCCGAGUCCACGACCCCGGACUUCUCGAAUCCUAUAGACAGACAUCAAGCCAUAAAAACGCACGCCAUUCGCCAGUCCGCUAUCUAUCACUUUGAGGAUCCCAGCAAUCGCGUCGAGAUGCCUAUGCCCGAGGAUUAUGCAGCUAUCCGAGUCGACUUCAGGGGGGAAUUGUCGAGUGCUACCUUGCAGGCCCUCAUCUUGCAGAUCACCUCCCGCGAGGGCACGCAAGAAAGCAUCCUCGACACGUUCUUCUUUGGCUUCCGGUACUUUACGACACCUGCCAUACUCGCUAGUGGCCUUUUAGACCGCUUCCAUGGGAUGAGCGAGCAUGACUAUGAGUUCAGUGAGCAGCAGCGCGUUGUCUGGGCAGCAUCUAAAGAAAUUACGGAGCAUCGCGUCGUGCAUGUCAUUUGCUUGUGGCUGGAACGUUACUGGAACACAAAACUCGACCACGAAGCACUCGAGAUCUUCCAGAGCUAUUUUCUGGGAUACCCCGAUUGUCGUCCAGGCAGCGAGAUGAUGAAGCUCUACAGGCGUUUGGACAGAGUCGCCUCAGGCCGUGCCUCGCGAUCCAAGUGGUUGAAACAUAAGUAUUAUAAAAUCGCGUCUGAAAACGAUUUUUCGACACCUGAGGACACGAACUUUCACUUCCCAUUGCUUCCGGACAAGACGAUGCCAUCCAGGUUGUGUUUGUUCAUGAACGAGACUGGUGUUCAAGAGUUUGCAUGUCAAAUCACUAUUCAGUCAUCCAACCUGUUUAGGAAGAUCGCGCCGGAGGACCUUGUGCGCUCGUGGGUGUUUGGCAACGACGACGGGCGAGCGACUAAGUUGGAUUUUGUGAAUUGGGAAAAGUCGCUCGCAUGGUGGACCACCAUCUCGAUUCUGUCCGAAUCGUCGCUAGAGGGUCGUGUUCAACUUAUAGAGUUCUGGAUCGAGGUGGCAAUGGCGUGUCUCAAGCACUAUGACUUUCACUCCACCAUUGCUAUUCGCACUGGUUAUUGCCGAUUUACAAUCAGCCGGCUUAGGCGUACAGCCCUGGCCUUAUCCAUCAAACAUAAGGGCUACCAUCGGGUAUUAUACAGGGUGUUCGAAGAGCGCGGGGAAUAUGCUCGCAUAAUUGGAGCCCUUACACUCAAGACAAGACCAAUGGUCCUUAUGCUCGAUCCUCUCCUUAAUGGUGUUCUUCAAGUUAGCCGGUCCAACCUGUCGAGCACAGUUACCGAGGGAAGAAUCAACUUUUGUCAUGUGCGUCCCAUCUGUUAUGCAAUUCAAGCACUGGAACAGGCUUCGAUGCCUUACAGGUUCAAAAGUAAUGCUGCUUGUCAGCAGUGGCUCACCCAAAAAUUGGAGUGGGCCACGGACUUCAAGAAUACAAAACUGGGCGACGAGACUGAGGAGUUUCAAAUGAGCCAUGCCCUCGAACCUACGGACCCAGAACUUGUCAAAAUCCACCACAGUCACGCCAUGUUGUGGGACCUAGUGGCCACCCCUGGUGGGUAUGAAGACGUCCCCUCAAUAAGUUCGUCGGAUGUUGAUGCCAUUCUCAACAUUCAAACUCCUUAGACCUGACAAGGGAGGCCUUCUUGUUGGGCCCACCGUCUUAUCUCGUUCAUCUCAGCCCGAGCACAAUGGAUAGUCUAUACUGUUCUCCUACGCUCAUUCAUCUUUUUCUCGUUCUUUCUGCGUCGCUAUGCAACGUCACAUUCGUUUCACCUGUU